ACAAUUCCCAGAAUUCCCCCCGACGGCAGUACUUAUGUAAACGUAGAGGAGGGUGGUGCAAGUUCAGAUGGGUUGUUGAAUUUCUGUGCGUAAAGAUUUACUGGGGGCACUCUGAAAGACUGGCAAUUGGCCUUUUUCAUUGGCAUCAGCUGUGAUGUUAUGGAGUUAGAGAAGAGAGGCAAAGCCGAUGGAUUUCAGGUAUGGGUGACAAACUAACCAAACUGCAGGAAGAGCACAUGGCUUCUUUUGCACCCCUGUCUCGUGUCGUAGUAACGGGAGGCACACACGGAGAUGAGCUGGCAGGGGUUUACUUGGUCCAGAAGGGACUUGUAAAGCAGCCGGAAUUCCUGCACAGAGAAACUUUUACUGCACAGGCGAUCGUAGCCAACCCAGAGGCUUCAAGGAAGUCCUGCCGCUUUGUGGACACAGACCUGAAUCGAUGCUUCACUUUUGAGAGUCUGAGUUCUUCAACUGCGAACAGUUCCUCAUAUGAAAUCCGUCGAGCUAAAGAACUGAAUCAUCUUCUCGGACCAAAAGGUAGCAAUGAAGCUGUGGACUUCAUUUGUGAUCUUCAUACCACAACCGCCAACAUGGGGACCUGCAUCAUUGUUGACUCGGAAAAGGAUUACCUUUCAUGUCAAGCUGCUCAUUACCUGAAGGAGGUGUCCACGCAUCCUUGUCGAAUCCUGUUAAUGAAGAGUGGCACACCCACUUUCUCCAUGAUGUCCCUUGCCAAACAUUACCUAACUUUGGAAAUUGGACCAGCACCCCACGGUGUGAUCCGAGCUGACAUUUAUAACACCAUGAAGAUGUUGGUGGGCCACCUUCUAGAUUUCAUUGACCAGUUUAAUAAAGGACAAGAAUUCCCAGCUUUCAAUAUGGAUUGCUUUCAGAUAGAGAGAAAGUUUGACUACCCACGGGAUGAAGAAGGACAACUUACAGCUUGCAUUCAUCCAAAGCUACAAGACUCUGAUUUCAAACCCCUUUUCCAGGGUGAUCCCAUUUUCCAGUCCUUUGUUUCAGAAGAUAGUAUAUGUUAUGAGGCGCAGGAUCCAAUUUGUCCCAUCUUCAUCAACGAAGCUUCUUACUAUUCAAAAGGAAUUGCAUUCUGGGGAACCAAAAUUCAGACCUUUGAGAUCGCAUCUAUUAAAGUGUCCAUCUAAUCUUUCUUCAGCUCUUGUGUUGCACCUUUAUUUGCUUCUUCUGAAAUUUUACCAUUCAGUCCUUCAGCUUUUUAGUUCUAAAUCUGAAGAUCUGCACAUAUUGGCUCAUUAACUUUCCAGCAGAGUUGAAUUAAGAUACCCCAGUUAUCCCAUUCCACGUUUUCUUCACGGUGGUUUUUCAUUCUCCUCUCUCAGACUGUGAGCCUUAUUCUUAUCCUCGCUUUAUGAGGUCCUCUCUUACUGCUGUUGAAUCCUAUGUAGAUUUAUAUGAAUGACUUUACUUUAAAAAAUGAAUUACACCCGACACUUAUGCUUCUUUAAAUUAACUGAUAAUGUCAAGUUUCAGUGUCUCUUGGAUCGUUUUUUGUAACCAGCCUUUAUCAGUGAAGGGAGUGGCACUCUGAGGUUUGUGCCAGCCUCGCUCCCUACUGGAAGUCAAGUCCCUUCCAUAUUUAAUACUCAUUUGGACAUCUUGUUUGUGUAUUGCUAUCAUCAUGAAGUAUAGUUUAAUUUUGCUUGUAUUCCUAGAUGCUAAAUGUCGUCCUGUAUAAAAGAAUUAAUAAAAUUC